AGGGUGAAGAGGCCGUAAUUGGCCUCAGGCCGCGCCCGCUGGCGGAAAGUUCCCCGGGGGGGGCGCGAUGGCGUCCCUGAGCGGAGAGGCUUCGGCGGAGGCGGAGCCCAGCGACGGCGGUGUAGCCCUGACUGUGAUCGGGCUGUCUCGCGGGGCGUCAUCGUGGACGUGGUCGUGCAGAGCUCCGACACCGUCCGCGGGGUGAAGCAGCGCCUCUUUGAGCUGCGCCCGUCGUCGCCGCCGCGCUGGCAGCGGCUGGUGCUUGGCGGCCGGGUGCUCCAGGACGGCGAGCUCGUCGGCUCCCUCGAGAUCUGCGCCGGUGGCGUGACGCUGCAGCUGCUGUCCUUCGUGCAGGCGCGCGACCUGCUCGAAAGCGAUGCAGAGGUGGCUGGCUGUGCGCGCGAGGCGCUGGGGCACAUGACCGCGGCCGCCGCCCGCCCGCACCUGGCGGGGCUGCUCGAGGACUCGGAUGGCAGGAGGCUUCCCGCCGCGGCGGCGGCGGACGUGCUUCACCACGCGGCUGCGGCUGCGGCACCCGCGCGCGAGCGGGCGGCUCGGGUGCGGCUGCGGCACGCCGGGGUGCGGCUGCGGCACGGAGGUGCUGCGGGCGGCGCUGUUACCGCUGGCGGUCGAGCGGCUCCUUGAGGGGGAGGCGCGCCGUCUGGUGCCCCUCUUCGAGUGGCUCGGCGACGAAGCCGUGCCGCGCCUCGUUGCCCGGCUCGGCCUGCUUGACCGGCCGCUGGCGCCGCCGGCGCGGGGCGCGGCGGAGCAGCUCCGCAAGCACGACUCCGCGCGAGUGCGGCUGGCCGCACGGGCCGCCCUCGACGGCCGUGGCACGCACUCCUCGGCCGCCAGGGUUGAGGAGCUGGCGUCCCUGCGCGCGGGGCUGCGCCGGAGCGCGGCGGCCGCUGCCACGCCGGAGGAGCGCGCCGCGCUGGAGGAGCUCGCCGCCGCCUUCUCGGAGAAGCUGCGGGACCUGGCCGACCGCGGCGAGAGCGCCAAGGCCUGCUACGCGGCGCGCCGCGCGCUGAGGCGCUGAGGCGCCGAGGCGCCGCGCGUGGCGAGGCCGCCUGCUGCGGGUCGGCCUUCCUACCUUCGAUCCUCGAGGGCUUCUCCGAUGCCCGGCCCUUGGUCCCCUUCGGUCCUCGGCCCUCUUCGAUCCUCG